AUAAACAUAACAAAUGCACGCGACACUUGAGGUCCCAUUUUCUGUCGGUCGGUCUUGCCCCAGUUCCAGCGAAAGAUGCAUAUUCUGACACUCACUUUAACUAUACUCAACUUCGGUAUUGGUAUAACAACCAUUGCAGCGAGGAGUACGUACGAUGGUAAACCCGGUUGCAAAACUCCUGACGAAGUUGGUCAUCUCUACAGAAAUUUCUGGGAUCCAAUGCGUUAUUGGCGCUGUAUUGGUUUAAAUAUGGAACCCUUGCAGGAAAGUUGUCCCGAUGGUAGUGGCUUUCAACAAUCUUUGGGCCGUUGUGUUGCUUGGCGAGUUUGGAAAUGGGAGAUACCACACUAUCCACCAAGUUGUCCCGAUGGCGUCAUGUGUAUAUCAACUGAAUCGCUACCUACGCUAACGGGGGAAACCUUACCACAGUCAAUUUCGUUGUCACGGCCAUUAGUAGUGUCGGAACCAUGGACACCAGCACGGCCAUUGCCACAGACACAACCAUUUAUGCACCAGCGGCUGUUGGUUGAUUCGGGUCCUUUACAAAAGUCGCCGACCUUAACACAAAUCUUAUUAACCACAGCAUCGCCUGUGCUGAAGACGCGCCCUUCGUUGCGAUCGUAGCUUUCGCAGCCCUUUGAAAUGAAACGUCCAUUAAGUUUGGCGUCCUCAUAGUAUUUAUAAUUCUUCGAUUUAAGUUACUGUAUUAACGAAAUAAGUGGUUGUGGUAAAUUAUUUUUAGCCUUUUUAAAAUCAUUAAAUUAUAUUCUAUCUAACACCACAUAGAUACUCAGAAUUUCGUUUGGUAAAGGAUUGACUGUGACAGAGAUUUUCUACAUAUCGAGGUCUUAUAUUCAAUAUCCUAUAGUCAAUGACUCACAAAUUCAAUUAAACUCGAACUUUUCAAAACAUGCUAUAAUUAAACCUUUAGAGCGUUUCAGGCGUGGCAAUAUCUUCAACUUUUCCACGUAAUUCGCUGUCAAAUUGGGAAAGAGAAAUCUUAUUUCGUUGUGAGAACAGCCAGAAAGACCUUUCUGUCACAUUUCAGAAAUCAGUUUCAGAAAUAAAAGUUCCAAGAUGUGACUGCAAUUGAGAGAGCGCAAAACGAUUUCGGAAAUAUAUUUCAACUUGCUCGUGCUGCACUAGCAAUCUGCAAUUCGUAUUUCGGAAAUAAAAAUCUAAUCUCGAAGAACACUUUACACGCAACUGCUUUCUGAAGUUUCUCAAUU